UACGGAAUAGAAUCAUUUAACGGUUCGGCGCCUGUAAAACAUUGUUUUAUUAGUAAAUAUCUAUGAUUUCUAAUGCUAGUUAAGUAGAUCCUGAAAUGAAUUCUCUUCUUGCAUUGAGAUCAAACACUCCCAGUUAUUUACCCUAUUUAACUUUAACUCAACAUUUAAACAAUUGUCCUGAUGGACAGAAGCAAAGAGCUGACAAUCUACAGAAGAAAGGCUCCUGGGCAGAAGGAAAGGGACACCGGGAUCAGAUUUAAAGUGGACAAAUUAAUUCUAGAAUUAUGGAAGGAGAAAUUGUGAUUGGUUUCCAGGUCAUACAAAAAUGAAUAAAGAAAAAAGGAAAUAACAAUAGUUUGUCUCCCUUUUGUCCAGGGAUUAGGGGUAUGAAGAAAGUGUCCAAUUGACAAAGAAUUUGCCCCCAGAACUGCAGUUUAAAUACCUCGUAAACGGGGCAAAAUGAAACCCCAGCGAUGAAAUCAUUGGAAUAAUUACGGAUUGUGUAGAUAUCAACCGGCUGUUACUGAACAGCUAAAACAUUAGACUUCUGUAUAAUACAGAGUCGGUCCCACCGGCAACCGGUUUCGUUUGGGCUCUAAAAUAAGAAGCAGCCCCUCUCCACGGGGGUUUUAUUCCUGCAAAUGUUCAAUAUACAAAAUGAUUAGAGACCACACGAAUUACUUGCCCUUUGCGCUUUUAUUUCAUUUCCUUCGGUGGGUUCUUUGCAGACAAUUGCGCCUGAUUUGAGGGUUUGAUGAAAGUAGCAGGGACAGUAUUAAUAGUAAUUACUAAUAUUAUGUCGAGUUUCCUAUUUCCCACCGGCCCAGAUGAUAACACAACUAUAUACACGAUGUAUUGAUAUCGGCACAUUCCUCUAGACAAUCAGUUUUAUCAGACAAUCACAUCCAGUUUCAGGCCGAUGAAACAAGUGUUUAUGGGAGAUACAUACGAUACGGUAUCUGUGAGCUCCAUGAGGUUUAUUGACUGGCAGGGGAUUGUGGGAGAUGUAGUUCAGACUGAUACGGGUUAUACUGGAGUAUUUUGUUUAUUCUCAGCCGAUUGUCUCCCCUUCUUGUCUCCCACCCCAGGAGCCAGCAUGGAGGGGAUCAGCACCGAGAGAGACCCCAGCUCGCCCCCCAGCUCCAAGCAGCAGAGUCCCCAGGAGAAUCCGCCCUUCUCCGGCUCCCUGAAGCCUAACCAGGUGGGAGAGACGAGCCUAUACGGGGUGCCCAUCGUGUCGCUGGUGAUAGACGGACAGGAGCGCCUGUGUCUGGCCCAGAUCUCUAACACUCUGCUCAAGAGCUACAGCUACAACGAGAUCCACAACCGGCGGGUGGCCCUGGGCAUCACGUGUGUGCAGUGCACUCCUGUCCAGCUGGAGAUCUUGCGCAGGGCCGGGGCAAUGCCCAUCUCCUCCCGCCGCUGCGGAAUGAUCACCAAACGGGAGGCCGAGCGGCUCUGCAAGUCUUUCCUGGGGGAGCACCGGCCGCCCAAACUGCCCGAAAACUUCGCUUUCGAUGUGAUGCACGAGUGCGCCUGGGGCAGCCGAGGAAGCUUCAUCCCCGCCCGAUACAACAGCUCCCGGGCCAAGUGCAUCAAGUGCGCCUACUGCGGCCUCUACUUCUCCCCCAACAAGUUCAUCUUCCACUCACACCGCACCCCCGACUCCAAGUACACUCAGCCCGACGCCGCCAACUUCAACAGCUGGAGGCGGCACCUUCAGCUCAACGACACGAGCCCGUCAGAUGACUUGUCCCACUCGUGGGAGGACGUGAAAGCCAUGUUCAACGGGGGCACCCGCAAGAGAGCCUUCCCCUCCCCCUCCAGCUCUUCUUCCGCGAGGCAACGCCUGGAACUGGCCCCGCCGCCCCCUCCUCCUCCGGCCAAGACACUGCGCGGGGCUUCCGCGGAGGAGGAGCCUGGAGCAGUCGCGGCCAGAAGUUUCCCGUUGAUCCCGGUGCCCAGUAAGGGCUUCUCAGGGGUGUUGCACAAAAUGGCUCCGCCGCUUUUCCCUCCUCCCCCCUACGGGUUCCCGACCUUCGGCCUGUGCGCCAAGAAAGAUGAUGGGAGGCUCGGGGAUGCGGCCAAAGCAGCGGGGCUGCCGGGGGUCUUCUGGCCGACUGCUCCCGCCUCCAAGGACUCCGUGUACCCGCCCUUCCCGGUGUUCUGGCCGGCGGCUGCCGGGGCCCUACCUGUUCCUCCAUACGCGGGUCUGACGCAACAACAGCAGCUCCCAGGCAAGUCGGCCGUAGUGAGAGAACCGGAGGAGGCCGAGCCCAGCGGGGAAAGUGCGGAGGAACCGACCCGGGAGGAGGAGAGGUCGGGGGAUGAGGGACGGCAGCCAGGGGAGCCGAUCACCCCGAGGAAGCUGCGCUACAUCUCCGCCUUCAGGCCGGUGGUAAAGGCCGCGGAGAGUCUGGCCAAGUUGUACGGAAGCCGAGAGUUGUAUCACGGGGCAGCGAGACCCACAGGCUACAGUUCCCCCGACCUGCUCAGUGACACCUCCAGCUACAGAUCAGCCUCUCCCAGCCCCGACACCGCCGACGAGCCCGACGUAGACGUGGAGUCCGGACGCUUCCCCGAAGAGGAGAACGGGCAGCCGGCAAAUUUGGCCCCUGGGGCCCCGUCCAGCAUCUCUUCCCCGGGAUCAGAACGGAGAGAGCAAAGCCCCGGGGGAAGCCCAGCCAGUGUGGCCGGGUACGAGGUUUAUGCAAAGCAGAUGACAGACCUUCCUCACCUCAUGAAGGGCAACAACUCACACCAAGGCGUCUCCUCUUCAUAUCUGUGCAACAUGGAUCCAAAUGAGCAAGACUCAGAGGACAGUCAUUCAACUGCUGAGGAAUUGGACAGCAGGAAAGCAUUCCAAGACCAAAGGAGUCAUUUAUCCCACACAAGCCCCUUACACACUGACAGAGGAGAGGAAGACAGUCCGAUCGAUGUCACUGGGACCCAGUUUGUAGAGAAAGACAUUGAGAACAUGGCAAAAGAUGAGCUGCAGAAGCUGCUAGUGGAACAGAUGGAUUUGAGGAAAAAGCUGGAACGGGAAUUUCAGAGUCUGAAAGAUAAUUUUCAGGACCAGAUGAAGAGGGAGCUGGCCUACCGUGAGGAGAUGGUGCAACAACUGCAGAUAGUCAGAGACACUCUGUGUAAUGAACUGGAUCAGGAGAGGAAAGCACGCUACGCCAUCCAGCAGAAAUUAAAAGAUGCUGACACCAAGACCCUGCACAGGGAGCUGUUCCUUCAGAGCUCAACCCCUACCCCCUUGAGCUACAUCUGGGCACCACGGAAGCUCAUGUACCCUCCAGCACCAUGAAGGGGAGAUAAGCAGGAGCGCAGCACAAACCAAGCCAUUUCCUGGAUCUGUGGGAACAAGAGUGCACGCAGGACUGGCCGGGGAGAGACCCCCCUGGACUAUCAGAGAACUUGUAGAUUUUGUACAGGAUUCAUCAGGAGCCCUGAGCACUAAGGAAUCUGAGCCAAGAGUGAUCCAGAGAUGAGAUCAGCCCUGUAUUAUAAGGCAUUGUGAAUAACGGACACAUAUUAUAUAUAUAAUAUAAAUAUAUACAUAUAUAUAUAUAUUUAAAGACAAUUCUUGCAAAAAAAAAAACAACAAAAAAGUCCAAUGUAUUGUUUUACUAUUUAAUUCUCCUGUAUGUCUCCACAUAAGCCCAUCGGUAGCAGAGACUGUUUCCCCUCUGUUACUGGCGGCAUAGUAACUGGGGGCUACGUGCAAUGGGUAACAAUGUACUGUGAUUCUUAUUAAAACAGUAUUUUUUUAAGUUAUUUGAAUUAUUUUCUAUAUUUGUUUGAUUUUACCAUAUUUUGUAUUUUGGACAAUGUAAUAACAGCACUUUAAGGAGAAAUCCGCCAACUUGUGUACAAAACAAAAACUCGAUUUGUUCUGAGGGAAAAAAAAAAUCUGUAUAAGUGAAAUUUGUUCUUAAAUAAAUGAAUCUUGCUGAA